UUUUGUUGGUGUUGUUGUGGUGGGCUCGUCCGUGAAAGAUCACUUUGCAAACUUAUUUAUUAUUAAUUAACCAUUAAGAAAUAAGCAUAAAUAUGGUGCUACCGUUAUUGCAGCGUUCUACGCUCCGCGGCGUUCAGCAAAUAACGAAACCCUGGGUCUCCAUUGGAAGUUUGCGUUUGGCCUCCCAGGAAUUUCGCGUAGAGAGCGAUACCUUUGGCGAACUGAAGGUUCCAGCGGAUAAGUACUAUGGCGCCCAGACUAUGCGAUCCCAGAUCAAUUUCCCCAUCGGCGGAGCCACCGAGCGGAUGCCCAAACCAGUGGUGCAGGCAAUGGGCAUCCUGAAAAAGGCCGCCGCUGAGGUAAACAAGGAAUUCGGACUGGAUAGCAAGGUAAGCGAGGCGAUCUCGAAGGCAGCCGAUGAUGUGAUCUCCGGAAAGCUCUACGCCGACCACUUCCCGCUGGUCAUCUGGCAGACGGGUUCCGGCACCCAGAGCAACAUGAAUGUGAAUGAGGUGAUCAGCAAUCGCGCCAUUGAGUUGCUAGGCGGUAAGCUUGGCUCUAAGACGCCCGUCCAUCCUAACGAUCAUGUGAAUAAGUCGCAGAGCUCCAACGAUACUUUCCCCACCGCCAUUCACAUCUCGGUGGCUCUGGAGCUGAACAACAACCUCAAGCCGGCGAUCAAGACACUGCACGAUGCUUUGAGGGCCAAGUCAGAGGAGUUCAAGGAUAUCAUUAAGAUCGGACGCACCCACACAAUGGAUGCCGUGCCACUGACCCUGGGUCAGGAGUUUAGCGGCUAUGCCCAGCAGUUGGCCUACGCCCAGGAGCGGAUCGAUGCCUGUCUGCCGAGAGUUUAUGAGCUGGCUUUGGGCGGCACUGCCGUAGGAACUGGUUUGAAUACGCGUAAGGGAUUCGCUGAGAAGUGUGCGGCAAAGAUUGCCGAGCUUACCAACCUGCCAUUUGUUACCGCGCCCAACAAGUUUGAGGCAUUGGCUGCCCGAGAUGCCAUGGUUGAGGUCCAUGGUGUCCUCAAUACGAUCGCUGUUAGCCUGAUGAAAAUCGCUAACGAUAUUCGUUUCCUCGGCUCGGGCCCACGUUGCGGCUUGGGUGAGCUUUCCCUGCCGGAGAACGAGCCUGGUAGCUCUAUCAUGCCCGGCAAGGUUAAUCCCACGCAAUGUGAAUCACUUACGAUGCUAUCUGCCCAAGUAAUGGGCAACCAAGUGGCAGUAACGAUCGGUGGUUCCAACGGACACUUCGAGCUGAAUGUUUUCAAGCCUCUGAUCGUGUCCAAUGUGCUGCGCUCCAUUCGUUUGUUGUCUGACGGCAGCAGGACCUUCACUGCCAACUGCGUGAACGGAAUCCAGGCCAACCGCGAGAACAUUGCCAAGAUCAUGAACGAAUCCCUGAUGCUGGUUACCGCCCUGAAUCCCCACAUUGGCUACGACAAGGCGGCUAAGAUUGCCAAGACGGCGCACAAGAAUGGAACGACCCUCAAGGAGGAGGCCAUCAAUCUGGGCUACCUCACGGAGCAGCAGUUCAACGACUGGGUGCGACCCGAACAGAUGCUGGGACCCAAGUAAAGCAGUAGUAGGCCAACCAUCUAAUCCAUUUCACCCAUGCUGUCAUAGAAACUCCAUUGGGAUUUUCUAGCCUGUCGGGUUUAAGUUCGUUUAUAUAUGAAUCGCUCGGAAUCACAGAACAAUAAUAACUAAAAAUGCUAAAGCAAA